GUCCGGGACAUCAACAGCCUGGCCCGGCGCAUCAUCGCGGAGAUCCAAGGAACCGUGGGGCAACUGAACUCCAAGAAAGAGAAGAGCCUCGGGAAUGGAAGCAAAGACAAAGACAAGGUGCUGACCAUCAAGUCCUUCCGCGCCUCGGACCUGUCGAGGUAA